AUGGCGCGCACGUUUCUUGCCGGCGCGCUUCUCCUGCUGCAGGCUGCAACCCCGGCCUCGGCGAAGCCGUAUCCCAAGGAUGACCUGCACGACCUGGCCGGUAUUGGCUACCUGAUGCCGCGUGAGUGCGCCAACUACUGCGGCUACGAUAAUCAGUACUGCUGCGGGUCCAGCCAGAAGUGCUACACGGCCAACGGCAUUGCCGGCUGCGAGAACACGGAGGUCGGCGGCGGCUUUAACUUUUACACCACCACCUGGACGCUGACCGAGACCUUUACGAGCACGUACAGCUCUUAUUAUGCGGCCACGACGGGGACCGUUGCCGACUGCGUGCCCGAAGCUGGCAGCGGUGAGAUUGCUUGCGGCAGCAUCUGCUGUGCCAGCUGGCAGUACUGCGGAUACAAGGGCCAGUGCCUGUCCAACACCGGCCUCGCCACCCCGGCAACCACAGCGGCCUACACCACCGUGCUGACCACGUACACGACGAGCGGUCGCGUUGUGACCACCGGCUUCAGCGCUCCGUAUCGCGUUACCUCGGGCACGGCUACGGCCACUGGGACUGCCAUUAGUGCCACGGCCACCGGCGGCAUCACCGUCACGGGCACCGCCCAUCUGUCGGGUGGCGCUAUUGCCGGUAUCGUCAUCGGUUCUCUGGCCGGUGUCGCCCUGCUGCUAGCCAUCUGCGCCUGCGUGCUUAUCCGCGGCCUCUGGAACAGCGUGCUGGCUCUGCUCGGACUCGGUGGUGCUGCCAGUCGUCGCCGUCGCGGCGAGGAGGAAGUCGUCGUCAUCGAGGAGGAGCACUACCACAGCGGCCGCCGCACUGGCCAGCAGGCCGGCUGGUUUGGUCGCCGUCGACCAGCUGCUGAUGGUGGCGCUGAUUACGUCAGCGAGAAGCCAAAGAAGAGCGGCGGCAGGUGGCUCGGCUGUGCUGCCGCCUUCACCGCCCUCAUGCUGAUGCUCGGCCUUCGCCGCCACGAGAAGAACAAGGACAGCCGGUCGUCGGCCCCCUCGCGCAGUGACAUCAGCAGCGGUUACUACAGCGGCACUUACACCGCAUCUAGCGCACAGAGCAGCAGAGAUUCUCGUCGCUCAAGAGACUCACGGCGCUCAAGGCACACCCGUGGCAGCUACCGCACGAAUGUUACGCGUGUGUCGCCCUCGUCGCGGCCCUCACGGCAGUCCCGUGCUCCGUCGCGGCGCCGAUGA